CUUCGGGAAGGUGGGAUCAGGAUUCUGACGCAGUGUUUUCGAGGCGUCGCUGCAGCCUCACACUCAGAGAGGAGACCUACAACUGCAGUCUGCGAACACAGGCGGAGGCACGCACUGAGGCGGGGUGGUGCGCGGAAUGUGUGUUGUUUGACUCGAAUCAAUCAGAUCUAAAUCAGAUAGUGUUGAUGUCGUGGUACCGGAGGACCCGCUGGCGGUGCCAGGCAACCCGCUUUGCUUUCAGACCGGACCGUUUGGACUUAUAAAAUCGACCCAUUAAUUGCGGUAAGGUUGGUUUCUGUUGUUCUGCAUUCAGCGCCGCGGAAUAAGUGCAUGCAUGAAAUGCCUGCGCUGCUUUAUAUUCGCCUUCCGGACACAAUGGAAAAUACCUACGAUUUUUCGCCAAGAUUUGGUUUUGAUAGCAUUUGUUUUGCCAGUGUUGACUUUGUGACGGCUAUGGUGCGGAUCGCGCGAAUUGGCGAGCCAAGGAAGCAGAGCACCAUGCUGCCAGGAUAAUAGAUGCUUUCCCUCAAUGAAAAGGAGGAGGUGGGGUCUCUCUGCGAAACCAUGGCUGGAAGGGACAGCAAUCUGAAAACAGCCAGGUUGUGGAGGGACGCGGCCGUACGCUCCAGGAAGCUGCGCAGUAACCUGCGACAGCUCACCCUGAGCGCCAAAAACUGCCAGAAGAUCACUCUACCCGAGAACAUCAGAGAGAUCGAGGUCCUCAACCUGGGCAACAAUUCCCUCCAAGAGCUGCCAGAGGGGCUGGGCGCCGCCCUCACCAACCUGCGCAUCCUCGUCCUCCGCCGGAACAAGUUCCCCGCCGUGCCCUCAGCCGUGUUCGAGCUGGGCCAGCUGACUGAGCUCGACCUCAGCCACAACUGCCUGGGCUACUUCUCCGAGGACAUAGGCCUCCUGAGGGGGCUGAAGAAGCUGUGUCUCAGCCACAACAAGAUCCAGUACCUGCCGUCGCAGAUUGGCACGCUGCAGGGCCUGGAGGAGCUGGACAUCAGCUUCAACGAGCUGCGGGACUUCCCCAGGUCCUUCUCCCAGCUCAGCAGGCUGCGCACGCUGGACGUGGACCACAACAAGCUGGACUACUUCCCCCUGGAGAUGCUGGCGCUUGGCGACCUUGAGGAGCUAGACUGUUCCGGAAACAGAUUUGAGGUUCUGCCGAGCGACAUCCGGAAGCUGCGGUCCAUUAAAAUCCUGUGGUUGAGCGGCACGCUGAUCUCCUCGCUGCCCGACUCCUUCUGUGACCUCAGCAACCUGGAGAGCCUGAUGCUGGAUAGUAACAACCUGACAGCCCUGCCACCGUCCUUCGGCAAGAUGCAGAGGCUGAAGAUGCUCAACCUGUCCUCCAACGCCUUUGCGGAAUUCCCCCUCGUCAUCUUCCAGAUUGCGGGCCUGGAAGAGCUGUAUCUGAGCAGGAAUAAACUGACGCUGGUCCCGGAGCAGAUCGGCCAGCUGUGUAAGCUUGCUAAUUUAUGGCUGGACAAUAACAGAAUUACAUAUCUGCCUGACUCGAUUGUAGAAUUGGAGAAGCUGGAGGAGCUUGUUUUACAGGGUAACCAAAUUGCGAUACUUCCUGACAACUUUGGAAAGCUGGCCAGAGUUAACAUCUGGAAAGUAAAGGACAACCCCCUCAUACAGCCUCCGUAUGAGGUUUGCAUGAAAGGCAUCCCGUACAUAGCUGCCUAUCAGAAAGAGCUGGCGCAUUCGCAGCCGGCUGUGAAGCCCCGGUUAAAACUGGUGCUGAUGGGACAGAAGAAUGCCGGGAAAACCGGGCUGAGGCGGUGCGUCGUCGGAAAACCGCAGGACACCCAGGUCCCCCUUGGGAAUCAGGGGAUCGAUGUGACUAACUGGGUAGCAGACGCCGACCGGAGUCUGACGUUUACUGUCUACGAUCUCUCUGGGAGGCCGAACUUUGACCUAAUAAAGCCCUUCUUCCUGUCCCCCGGGGCCCUGUACAUCCUGGUGGUGAACUUAAAGACGUACACGCCAAAAACAUUUUACGCCCACGUCGGGUAUUUCCUCCACCUCCUGGGCGCCAAGGUGCCCCACGCGGUGGUGUGCCUCGUGGGCACGCACGCCGACCUGUGCGAGGAGGCGGAGGUGGAGGAGAAGAGCCUGGACAUCCACCGGCAGAUCGCUCUGCAGGAGCGGAGGGACAGGGAGGCCCUGCAGGCCGUGGCCGGCCAGGUGGACCAGGCGCUGGAGCAGGGCUACGACGUCCGCGCCGCCAGCCCGCACGUCCUCUUCUACGGCGUCUCCGACAAGAACCUGCGGCGCAGGAAGUCACAGCUGCAGUACCUGCUCAACCACCGGCUGCAGAUCCUGUCGCCGGUGCUCUGCGUCAGCUGCGUGGGGGCCUGCCGGAACGUCCGGCGGCUGAGGGAGAAGCUGACGUCGGUGGCCGACCACCGGGAGAUAUUCCCCAACCUGCACCGCGUGCUGCCCCGGUCCUGGCAGGCGCUGGAGGAGCUGCACUUUAAGCCCCGGGAGCUGUGGCUCUCCUGGUGGGACUCGGCCCGGCUGGGGCUGCAGGCGGGGCUGACGGAGGACCGGCUCCAGAGCGCCCUGUCCUACCUGCACGAGAGCGGCAAGCUGCUCUACUUCGAGGACAGCCCCACCCUCAAGGAGUACGUCUUCCACAACCUGCCGCGCUUCAUCGCCAUCCUCAACGUCUUCUUCCAGAGGGACUCGGCGGCGCUGCUGGAGAAGCUGCAGGGGGCCGGCGCCGGCGCUGGUGGCGGUGGCGGUGGUGGGGGGGACAAGGCCAGGGCCAGCCAGCUCCAGCACCACGUGGAGGGCUUCCUGCUCCACGGCCUGCUCCCCUCCCACGUCAUCCGCCUCCUCCUCAGCCCCCUCAUCCAGACUCAGCAGGACCUGCACCUCAUCCUGGAGCUGCUGGAGAAGAUGGGCGUCUGCUACUGCGUCAACAGGCCGCGGGGGAAGCCCCUCAACGGCGCCACCCUCUGGUACAAGUUCCCCAGCUACGUCAGCAACGAAGAGCCGCACGCCGAGGCCUGGGUGAACGGCGGCUCGGCGCUGACGGGGCAGCUGUUCUCCGUGGAGCAGCUGCAGAUCGAGUACUGCUUCCCUUUCCUGUUCCCCCCCGGCCUGUUCGCCCGCUACAGCGUGCAGAUCAACAGCCACGUGGUGCAGCGCGCCGACGGGAAGCACCAGAUCUUCGCCUACCGGGGCAAGGUGCCGGUGGUGGUCAGCUACCGGCCGUCCCGGAGCAGGCUGCAGGCCGAGACCCUGUCCAUCGCUAGCCACGCCUCUUUGCCAAAUAUCUGGACUGCUUGGCAAGCCAUAACGCCUCUGGUGGAGGAGCUGAACGUGCUCCUGCAGGAGUGGCCAGGGCUCCAUUAUUCUGUACACGUCCUGUGCUCCAAGUGCCUGAAGAGAGGGUCGCCCAACCCCCACACCUUUCCAGGUGAGCUCCUCAGCCAGCCCCGGCCAGAGGGAAUGACCGAGAUCAUCUGCCCAAAGAACGGCUCGGAGCGGGUCAACGUAGCCCUGGUGUACCCUCCCACCCCCACUGUGGUCAGCCCCUGCCUAAAAUGAGACCCCACGCCCCACACCACAGUGCCCUGGCCCCACCCAGCCCUGCCCGCCACUCAGCACGCCCCCACACCACCACACCACCUCUGUCCACUUCUGCCUCAUCACCCAGUCUCUGCACAGCGCCCUCUGCUGGCUUGCCUUCCCUCAUGAGGGCAGAGUCAGACAGCCUGAGCAGAUGGGUUCACCUGGCUCGGCUGCUUGUUUAAACUGUCGCAGGAAACAGCAGCUUUGGAAACCUGUUGGGUCCAGAAGCAGUUAACACAGUGUGAUGCUGGCCAGGA